GAUGACUAGGAGUCUUGCAGCUGCAGGUGUCUUCGCAUCAGAGGGUCGUGUUGGAGCUGUUUUGCGCAACAUUCACCCACCUUACCAUAAGGCACGAUGCCAGCCUAUGUGGGUCACAAAAUCCACAUGGACCAAAAUGAGAAGAUUGUCAUGUUUGGCGUGACUCAUGUGCUGGCAAUAGAUGGCUUCUCCAGCAAAAUUGUUGGACAAGCUACUAUGCCUGUAAAGAACAACCUCACCAUCUACAAUGACGUUUACAGGAGUGCAGUAAUGGAAUAUGGGAUGUGGGACCAGGUCAGAGUGGAUCAUGGAAAGGAGUUCUACCUCACUCUUUUCAUGCAGGAGAAGUUGGCCAGCCACCGCCACAACACUGAAAGGCCACCAUAUCUCCAAACACCAUCGACAAAGAAUCACAGAAUCGAGAGAAUCUGGCCAGAAAUCAACAACCGGGUCAACUACCCAUUGAAAGCUGCAUUGGUCCAACUGGUGGAUCAGGAGGAGCUGGACAUGGAGGACCAGAUGACUCGGUUCUGUGUGUCAUCUUUGACAUGCCAGUUGGCCCAGAUCGGUGUUAACCGACCUGUGCAAGCAUGGAAUGCACACAGGAUUCCUGGGAGGGGGAUCCCAAAUUACUUGGCCAGAGAUGGAUGCCCAAAUAAGCUGUCGACAGACCUUUUGCCAAAUGCAUCUGUGGCUGCAGACUGGUACGACCAGGAAGUGGGCUCACUGACAUGAGUGUCAGACUUUGGCACCAACCCAUUUCCAAGUUUACAGGACCAGGAAGCUGCAGUGAGGGGAUUUGUUCUGCAGUGCCCUGAUACAAGUGUACUGCUGGACAAUGCAGUGAAUAAUCUGCCACAACCGUUCAAAGAUGGACUCAAAGGCCUCAUCGACAUCUCAAGGAGAAAUUGUCAACGCUGAUGUUUUUUUGUGUGUCUAAGUUGUUAUUGUCUGUGCUUUUUAAUUGGUUCAACUGACGGAAUGUUUUUUUCUUUUCUUCAAAUGUUGGGGGUCUAAAGGGAGAAAUAUGUUCUUUUUGAAUAAACACUUCUGUUGUCUUCAAA